ACUAUUGAACAAACAUAAAAAAAAAAUUCAAUUUUUAUGGAGGUCAUUGAGAAUAAAACAAUUUUUUCCUAUAAAAUGUUUGGCUUAAAGACCGUCGUGUAAGCAAGUAUAACAGGUGUUUUUUUUGUCAAACGGCAAAACAACUACUGUUUUUUUUAUGAUUGACAGCCACCAUUAUUAUUUGUAUAAUAUCAACGUAACACUGAAAUCGCUACGACAGAAUGCAUUAAAAAGAAUACGAAUCAUUAAAGUCUUAAAUUCCUGCAAAACAUCAAGUGUCCUACAUCGAGUGUAAAAAAAAAAACUAUGUAUUUUAAAUAUGCUAAUAUAUUUGUAUACUUGUUUGUUUAUUUUCAAAUAGCAAACACGUUUACUGAUAAGCAACUGGAAAAAAUACAUUCCGAAGUCAAAAUUUUAAGUGCCAAAGCAAAUUGUCCUUUUGGUUGCUUUGGAUGUUUUGGAACAGUUAACAAGAUAGAUACAAGAAGCUACUUAAAUAAACACUUAUCAGAAUAUGGACUAACUAUGGAAAGCAUGAGAGCGAUAACAGAGGGCUUGCCGAAGGUCGAUGGUCAUAUAAAGAAAAAGGCUUUUAUAGAUCAUAUGAAACAAAAGUAUAACGAGUAUUAUGGGAUUGUUAAUGACGUGGUACCGUCCACGGGUGAAAAGUAACUAAUGUGGACGCUACAAUACCGGCCGGUGUAGGAUUUCUACAUUUUCCAUCUCUAGGCAAGUAAUAUUUUUCACUCUUUUAACAAUACAUUUUUCGUUUAUU